CUGGGAGUUAGUUACAGUUUCAGUUUUUAAUACUCAGUUACAAUAUGAAGGCUCCCCUCCUCCUGUUGCUCAUUGCCGGGGUCUCUGGGGUGUAUUGCAGUGAGUAUAGACUGAAUAAUAUAUAGACUGUGUAAUAUAUAGACUGUAUAAUAUAUAGACUGUGUGAUCUAUAGACUGAAUGAUUGAUUUACAGACGGAGUAAUAUAAAACUGAAUAAUAUAUAGACUGUGAUUGAUCUAUAGCCUUCCUGAUUUAUAAACUGUCUCCAUAAUAUAUCUGUCUCUCUGACAUGUGUGUCUGUGUCAGGUCACUCUCACUCUCUGACAUCUGUCUGUGCCUCAGGUCACUCUCUCUCUCUCUGACAUGUGUCUGCCUCAGGUGACUCUCUCUCUCUGACAUGUGUCUGUCUGUCUCAGGUCACUCUCUCUCUCUCUAACAUGUGUCUGUCUGUCUCAGGUCACUCUCUCUCUGACAUGUGUCUGUCUGUCUCAGGUCACUCUCUCUCUCUCUAACAUGUGUCUGUCUGUCUCAGGUCACUCUCUCUCUGACAUGUGUCUGUCUGUCUCAGGUCACUCUCUCUCUGACAUGUGUCUGUCUGUCUCAGGUCUCUCUCUCUCUGACAUGUGUCUGUCUGUCUCAGGUCUCUCUCUCUCUCUCUGACAUGUGUCUGUCUGUCUCAGGUCUCUCUCUCUGACAUGUGUCUGUCUGUCUCAGGUCUCUCUCUCUCUGACAUGUGUCUGUCUCAGGUCUCUCUCUCUCUCUCUGACAUGUGUCUGUCUGUCUCAGGUCUCUCUCUGACAUGUGUCUGUCUGUCUCAGGUCUCUCUCUCUCUGACAUGUGUCUGUCUGUCUCAGGUCUCUCUCUCUCUGACAUGUGUCUGUCUGUCUCAGGUCUCUCUCUCUCUGACAUGUGUCUGUCUGUCUCAGGUCACUCUCUCUCUGACAUGUGUCUGUCUGUCUCAGGUCUCUCUCUCUCUCUCUGACAUGUGUCUGUCUGUCUCAGGUCUCUCUCUCUCUGACAUGUAUCUGUCUGUCUCAGGUCACUCUCUCCAGUAUUAUUACACUGGUGUCUCAGCUCCCGGACAUGGGCUGCCUGUAUUUUCUAUCGUUGGCUAUGUGGAUGGGAGGCAGAUAAUGAAUUCUAACAGUGACACCGGCCGGGCUGUUCCUGUGGCUCCGUGGAUGAAUAGAGAGGGACAGGAAUACUGGGAGAGUGAGACAAAUAACCUCAAAGCCACUGAGCCUGUAUUCAAAAACAAUGUGAGGACAGCAAUGCAACGCUUCAACCAGACCGGAGGUGAGAAACACACUGACACAAUAUAGACACACACACACACUGCAUGUACACACUGUAUAUACACACUGACACAAUAUAGACACACAAACACUGCAUGUACACACUGUAUAUACACACACUGACACAAUAUAGACACACACACACACUGACACAAUAUAUACACACACACAAACUGCAUGUACACACUGUAUAUACACACACUGCAUGUACACACUGACACAAUAUAUAGACACACACACACACUGCAUGUACACACUGUAUAUACACACUGACACACUAUAUACACACACUGCAUGUACACACUGUAUUUACACACUGACACAAUAUAGACACACACACACUGCAUGUACACACUGUAUAUACACACUGACACAAUAUAGACACACACACACUGCAUGUACACACUGUAUAUACACACUGACACAAUAUAGACACACACACACUGCAUGUACACACUGUAUAUACACACUGACACAAUAUAGACACACACACACAAACUGCAUGUACACACUGUAUAUACACACUGACACACUAUAUACACACACAAACUGCAUGUACACACUGUAUAUACACACUGACACACUAUAUACACACACAAACUGCAUGUACACACUGUAUAUACACACUGACACAAUAUAUACACACACACUGCAUGUACACACUGUAUAUACACACUGACACAAUAUAGACACACACACAAACUGCAUGUACACACUGUAUAUACACACUGACACACUAUAUACACACACAAACUGCAUGUACACACUGUAUAUACACACUGACACACUAUAUACACACACAAACUGCAUGUACACACUGUAUAUACACACUGACACAAUAUAUACACACACACUGCAUGUACACACUGUAUAUACACACUGACAUAAUAUAGACACACACACAAACUGCAUGUACACACUGUAUAUACACACUGACACACUAUAUACACACACAAACUGCAUGUACACACUGUAUAUACACACUGACACACUAUAUACACACACAAACUGCAUGUACACACUGUAUAUACACACUGACACAAUAUAUACACACACACUGCAUGUACACACUGACACAAUAUAGACACACAAACUGCAUGUACACACUGUAUAUACACACUGACACACUAUAUACACACACAAACUGCAUGUACACACUGUAUAUACACACUGACACAAUAUAUACACACACACUGCAUGUACACACUGUAUAUACGCACUGACACAAUACUGCAUGUACACUGUAUAUACACUGACUGUAUAGAACACUGCAUGUACACACUGUAUAUACACACACUGACACAAUAUAGACACACACUGCAUGUACACACUGUAUAUACACACACUGACACAAUAUAGACACACACACUGCAUGUACACACAGUAUAUACACACACUGACACAAUAAAUACACACACACUGCAUGUACACACUGUAUAUACACACUGACACAAUAAAUACACACACACUGCAUGCACACACAGUAUAUACACUAUACAUGCACUGCACACACUGUAUAUAUAUAAAAUCUGACACACACUCGGCCAAUGGCAGCCGGUGACGUUUUCAAUUGACAGGUCACUAGACUCCACCCCUUGUACUGACCCCGCCCCUCCAGUAAGCUCCACCCCCUGACCUACUGGGUUCAUGUGAAUCCUAAAAAUAAGAAAAUAGUUUGUAAAUCAUGUUAAUACUGUGAGAGCACAAUUUAACCCUCUCAGAACCAACAUGUUUACUGUUACAUUCUGCCCAAAAGGAUCAAAGCUUAUUUACUAUUCCUGACAUUUUGUAUUAAUCCAUUAUUCCUGGUGUUUACAGUUAGUUCACACAUUCUAUGUAUUGGACAGACUGGGAUUUAUUAUAAUUUAUUUAUAUAAUAUCUGUCACACUAUGUGCUGAUAACUUGGGGUAUUUGGUGUGUUUUACAUGUACACACAUCAUUGUAUUCUCAUUGUGAAUAUUGAAAUCCUGAUACAUUGCAUAUAACUCAAUAUAUAUUCACCCCAGUCCAUCAAUACCCCAUACACACACACACACACCAUGAUUUUAUAGAGUCAAAUCAGAAACCUUUGUUUGUUUUUAAGCAGGAUUUUUUACAGAUUGAUUUAUUGUACCAAUAUUGCAGAUGGUGAUUGCAAAUGGUGUAUUUUAUGAUCUACCAUCUCAUCACGAAUUUAUUCCAAAAUGUAUAAUUAACAUUUUCUUCUGCAUUUUACACAAAUAAGUUGCAGUUUUAUUGUGAUUAUUACAAUCCUGAUUUGUGCUACAGAAGAAGAAUAUUUAUAAAUAUCUUCUAAAUCCACGUGCAGGUUGUGAAAUGUAUAUCACAUUAAAGGGUCACAGUUAGCAUGGGUAAUUUUUGAGUUUGUAACUUGUUUAUUUAAUUAUUUAUUGCUGGGUCUCUGUCAGUUUUGGAUAUUGGAGUAGCCUAUCAUUCAAUUUACCCCAGAAAGGUUUCUAUGUAAAUACAGCCAACACGUUAUCUGACAUGAGAUAUAUUAAGCCUUUUCACAUGGUCAUUAGUCCCUGGGAUUUAGCGGUAAUAUUUUAUUAAUUGUUUGAGUAGUGUUACUGCAAUAUAAACCUAAUUUGACAUUUAGCUAGAUCUCCAUCAUGUAGCAGUGGCCCAGGGUACAGGGCUGUCAGGUAUGUGUAUGAAUUUACAGGGUUACAUUAAAGACAGGAUGGUUUUAUUUUUCAAAUUUGGAGUUUUAAAGCUGGAUUUCUGUGGAUUUGGAGAAUUAUAGGAGAUCAGAAAUGCAGUCACACAAAUAGUGGGUUCUGGUAGAUAAUGGUGUCAAUGCUGCAAUUAUUAUAGAUAUUUAAUGAGCAGUGAUUGGUAUGGCUCUGUUUCAGAUAUUGAGUUUGGCAAACAAACACUUAGACACAUCACCAAGGUGCCAGAGUAUUAUGACCGGUUCCCCUGA